AUGGAGAAGCUGCUCAAAACCGGCAAGACCAAAGCGAUAGGCGUGUCGAACUGUUCCAAAGCUGAGAUAGAAAAGCUGAUCGAGAAAGCAUCCGUCGUCCCAGCCGUGCAUCAGAUGGAAUGCCACCCGUGGCUACAACAGCGUGCUUUUACUAGAUGGCUUCGCGAGAAGGGUAUCCAUGUUACCCACUACUCACCAUUCGGAAACCAGAAUGCAUUUUAUGGCAUGAAGGGGGGAUUUGGGAAGUUGAUCGAAGAGCCUAUACUUGCGGAGAUCGGCAAACCGUAUGAUAAGAGUGCUGCUCAAGUAGCUCUUGCCUGGGGAGUAACACAAGGACACUCAGUUCUUCCUAAGUCCAAGACUCCAUCUCGUAUCAAAUCGAAUCUGGAAGGGGACUUCAAAUUGUGCCCUUCGGACAUGGAGAAGAUCGAUAGGCUGAAUCGGAAGAUGCGAUUUAAUGACAGUAGUGGUGAGUUUGGUCGUGACUUCUUUGAGGACUUGGAGGACAAGAAGGGCUAG